GUUCCGUACUGCUCGUCUGCUCCCCGUUCACCCCUCUCCCUCUCUCUCUCUCUCUCUCUCCACUUUCCUUUCCUGGCAGCGACGAGUGACGACAGUGGCAGGCGGGCGGGCGGGCGAGCGUCGACGGCGUUCUCUAGGUCUUCGUUGUCCCCUUCACCGGCGGCUGCCAACGCCCUUUGCCAGGUCUUCGUUGUCACCUUCGCCGGCGACUGUCACGGCCCCUUCGCCAGCUCUUCGUCUGCCCCUUCCCCGGUACCGGGACUGAAGAUAAGAUGGCUGCCUUGCCAUUGGCCACCGCAGAAGCAUGUGAUGCUAAUGCUGCUUUAAUUAUGAAUGGUGAUCUUCGUUCUCUCCAACCUAUCUUCCGAAUCUAUGGAGGCCGGCAGAUUUUUGCUGGCCCUGUUGUGACACUGAAGAUCUUUGAGGAUAACGUUCUGCUCCGCGAGUUCCUUGAGGAGAAAGGUCACGGCAGGGUCCUGGUGGUUGAUGCCGGUGGGAGCAUGCGUUGUGCAGUUUUGGGUGGCAACCUUGCCCAGCUGAUGCAGAAUAAUGGGUGGGCUGGAAUCGUUGUCAAUGGCUGCAUCAGGGACGUCGACGAGAUAAAUGGCUGCGACGUUGGUGUCCGGGCUCUGAACUCACACCCUAUGAAGUCAAACAAGAAGGGCGUCGGUGAGAAGCAUGUCCCUGUGACCUUUGCAGGGACAAGAAUCUGCGAUGGAGAAUGGCUCUAUGCCGAUUCCGAUGGCAUUCUCAUCUCAAGAUCAGAAUUGAGUGUGUAGGCCUGUUCUUAUGUUAUGUGUGAACUUGUAAUAAUGUAUAGCUGAAUUACAUGACUAGCGGGAAUACUUUGGACGUUUCGUCAGUAUCGUUUGGGAGAUAUACAUUUGAAAAUCAUUGCAUCAGUCAUGUGAAUUGUGAAUAAACUGGGUAUCUCACCAUA